CGCGGCCAUUCACAGUUUCAUGUCUCUCUGGGGACUCUGAAGGACUAGCCGGUGCGCGUCUCCUUCGCAGUUCGGACGCAUUUAACGCUUCGGGUCGCGAGCGGUGGAUUUCAGCAGCGAGUUGGAAUCCAGGCUGAGUGUGUGAGACGAUGUGGAUGAAGUUGGAAAGUAAUGAGCGAGGAUGCUGAAGCUGCUGGAGAGCCCGCUUUGUUCGGAGGAUCGCAGGGCUUUUGUGCCGCUGUUAUCCCGCAGCUCAUCCCCUGCUGCUUUGUCUUCACUUGGCCCUCUGAUACCGACCGUGAGCAGCAGUGUGGUUUGUCAGUCCUGGACCAGCAGCAGCAGGUCAGCACCAUGAGUCUGUGCGGGGCCAGUGCUGGUGCUGCCAGCGGGGCGAGAGAAAGAGCAGGAGCAGAACAUCACCGAGACCAACAGCGGCGUUCCAGCGACCGCUCACGUGAUUCCUCCCAUGAGAGAGGAGAGAGCCAGCUGACGCCCUGCAUCAGGAAUGUCACUUCUCCCACUCGCCAGCAUGACCGCGAACGUGGCGAUGGAGGCUCGUCCUCAAGAUCCUCCAGUCCUCGUCCUCCAAGGGUUUCUAUUCCCUAUUCUCACUUUGGCGGGGCUCUGAUCGGGGGACACAUUCCUCGGCCACUGGGUCUUCUUGGAGCAGACCGCCACUCGCAGACACUGGGCCCUGGACCGUGCGAUAUGAUCUACGUGUAUGACGUCAGCAGUAAAGAGGGGCAUCGCAGUGGACUGAGGCUGGGAGAAAGAGUUACGCUCAUUGUAGAUAAUACCAGAUUUGUGGUGGAUCCUGCCAUGUUCACAGCUCAACCAAACACCAUGCUGGGCAGGAUGUUCGGUUCUGGGCGGGACAACAACUUUACACGACCCAAUGACAAAGGGGAGUUUGAGGUCGCCGAUGGCAUCAGCUCCACCGUCUUCAGAGCUAUUCUGGAUUACUACAAGUCGGGGAUAAUCCGCUGCCCUGACGGCGUUUCCAUUCCCGAGCUGAGGGAGGCAUGUGACUACCUCUGCAUCUCCUUCAACUACAGCACCAUCAAGUGCAGAGACCUCAGCGCCCUGAUGCACGAGCUGUCGAACGACGGGGCCCGGCAUCAGUUUGAGUGUUACCUGGAGGAGAUGGUGCUGCCGCUGAUGGUGGCCAGCGCUCAGAGCGGAGAGAGAGAGUGUCACGUGGUGGUGCUGACUGAUGACGACGUGGUGGACUGGGAUGAAGAGUACCCUCCACAGAUGGGAGAGGAGUACUCACAGAUCAUCUACAGCACCAAACUGUACCGUUUCUUCAAGUACAUAGAGAACAGAGACGUGGCCAAGUCCGUGUUGAAGGACAGAGGAUUGAAGAAGAUCCGACUGGGAAUUGAAGGCUACCCGACCUACAAAGAGAAGGUGAAGCGGCGUCCUGGAGGUCGUCCAGAGGUCAUCUACAACUAUGUCCAGCGUCCCUUCAUCCGCAUGUCCUGGGAGAAGGAGGAAGGGAAGAGCCGUCAUGUGGACUUCCAGUGCGUCAAAUCCAAGUCCACCACCAACCUGGCGGCGGCUGCCGCGGACAUUCCCCAGGACCAGCUGGUGGUCAUGCACCCUCCGGGACCACAGGUGGAUGAGCUGGACACUCUAUCUCAGCCGCCGGGCUUCAGCGACCCCCAUCAGCAGGCGCUCGGACCGGGACUGGAGAACAUCCAGCCACCGCAAGGCUACGACAGCCCGAACCAGCAGGCUCGGGACACUCCUCACAGUCUGUCCCAAAGCAACCAGCAGCACGCCGGCAGCUACACUCAGGCCACUUACCACUACGAGCCAGACCCAGACACACCCUCACCCUCAGCAUAAGACUGCUGAGUUCACACUAACGGCAUCAAGACCACUACACUGACUCUAAACUACAACUGAAAACAUGUCAUGUGAUUGUAGAACUAACAGUCCCACCACAAAACGUAAGAAACUAGACACAGAUCCACUGGUAGAGAGGCUCCCAAGCACAGACGCCUGAUUGGCCUUCAACAGCCAAUAAGCACACAGCGUUCAAGUUAAAGCACCACUGGCCACUCGAUGCUUUGAGUGUGAAGGCAGACUGUGUUCCCCUGCUGCUCCUCACCCAUCCUCAUUCCCCCUCAACCCCCUCCUCCCAAAUGGCAAAACACCACUUUGCCUUCUGUUGCCCCUCUGCUGCAGCAUUGCUUAGUCAGCACAGAGUCCCGAUGAGCGAGAACCAUGUCCCUGUGUGUUCUUUAUUUAUAUGACCAAAGGAGACUUUAUAUCCAUUCUGUGUACAUGUGAAGAGACAGAACUCUAUUUCAUUCCGAGGGUGUGUGAGCUGUGAGUGUGUUGUUCUGAUGGGAUACCGUACCUAACUGGGAUAGUGGAUUUCAGUGCCUCUCUUUAGUCUGGCCUUACUGGGAGGCUAGUUAGUAAACUAGAUUUUAAAAUCCACUUCUUCUGGAGUGAGUGAAGGCCCCGGUGAAAGGCUUUUUUUUGUACAACAUACAGUCCCUCUGGUCUCUACAGCAGUUGAUUUGGUUCCUACCGUAUGUUGAGUCCAGAUCUUGACUCUUUUGUUCCUCUCCUGACUCCUGCGCUGAAACUCUGUACAGGUUCAUCACCACUGCUGAGAGCGCACAGGAAGUCAGAGAACAUGUUGGACACAAUGUUUUCUAAUAAAUGCUG